AUGACGACUAUGCAGAAAGUCUUUGCCGCCUAUCAGGAGCGACAGGCGGUUCUCGCUGCCAGCACAAACCCCUUUGCCCAAGGUGUUGCCUGGGUUGAGGGCGAACUCUCUCCGCUCCACCAAGCCCGAAUUCCUUUGCUGGACCAGGGGUUCAUGCACAGCGACCUUACCUACGAUGUGCCCUCCGUUUGGGACGGCCACUUCUUCCGUCUGGAUGAUCACAUCGACCGCCUCGACGCCAGCUGUGGAAAACUUCGCCUGAAGCUGCCCUUGCCCCGUGAGGAGGUGAAACGCAUCUUGGUAGAUAUGGUCAGAAGGUCUGGUAUCCGGGACGCCUUUGUUGAGAUCAUCGUGACCCGCGGCCUUAAAGGAGUCCGAGGAACAGACCCGAAAGAUAUCAAAAACAGUAUCUACAUGUUUAUUCAGCCCUAUGUUUGGUGUAUGGAACCCGAGGUCCAAGCCCACGGCGGAACUGCUAUCGUUGCGCGGACUGUACGCCGAACCCCGCCAGGUUCAAUGGACCCUACAGUUAAAAAUCUUCAGUGGGGAGACCUCGUGCGUGGCCUGCAUGAGGCUGCUGACCGGGGCGCAGAAUAUCCAUUUCUGACAGAUGGCGAUACCAAUCUUACGGAAGGCUCCGGCUUCAAUAUUGUUCUGGUCAAAGAUGGUGUCCUGUUCACUCCAUCCCGUGGAGUCCUCGAGGGCAUAACUCGCAAAAGUGUCAUUGAUGCCGCGCGAGCGAAUGGUCUUGAGAUUCGAGUUGAGCUCGUCCCUAUCCAGAAGCUCUACGAUGCGGAUGAGGUCUUCAUGUGCACGACUGCGGGUGGAAUCAUGCCCAUCACUACACUGGAUGCACGACCGAUCAAGGAUGGGCAAGUCGGGCCCAUCACGAAGAAGAUCUGGGACACCUACUGGGCUAUGCACUACCAGGAUGCCUACAGCUUCGAAAUCCCUUACUGA